CUGUUGGUUGGUUCUGUGUUCCAGCUUGACGCAGCUGCAGAUGUGCAGUACUUAAAGCCGCGUGAGGGUCUCGUUAAAGCGGAGUUCCGCUGCUUCCACACGGAUCAGAGAGCACCGCUCAUCAUCACCGCCUGCAGAGAUCAACCUGAACCCGUUGUGAGUCUCCCUUGGAGUGACGAUGGCGGAAAGCUCGCACUGUUUCUACUGUCGGGAGGACCUCGGGGGGAAGAGGUUCGUCCGCAACGAAGGCAAGCCGGUGUGCGUCCGCUGCCACACCAAGUUCUGCGCCAACACCUGCGCCGAGUGCCAUCGACCCAUCCCUGUGGAAUCAAAGGAGCUCAGCCAUAAGGGCAAAUACUGGCACGAGGCGUGUUUCCGUUGCGCAAAGUGUUUCAAGUCUCUGGCCAAGGAGCCCUUCAGCACCAAGGACGACCGCAUCAUGUGUGGGAAGUGCUGCUCCACAGUGGAUGCUCCACGCUGCCACGGCUGCUAUAAAGCCAUACCGGCUGGUACAGAGAGCGUGGAGUACAAGGGGAAUUCGUGGCACGACGAAUGUUUCACCUGUUUCAGCUGUAAACGACCGAUCGGGUCUCUGAGCUUCCUCUCCAAAGGAACUGACGUCUACUGCAGCCCCUGCUAUGACAAGAAGUUCGCCAAACACUGUGUCUGCUGCAAAAAGGCUAUAACCACCGGAGGAGUGAACUACCAGGACCAGCCGUGGCACAGCCACUGUUUUGUGUGCAGCUCCUGCUCAAAGCCUCUGGCAGGGCAGAGUUUCACCAGCCACGAGGACCAGGUCUUCUGCGUGGACUGCUACAAGACGUCCGUGGCAAAGAAAUGCUGCGCCUGCCAAAACCCCAUCACAGGUUUUGGUAAAGGAGUGAACGUGGUGAACUACGAGGGCAGCUCUUGGCACGAAUACUGCUUCAACUGUAAGCGAUGCUCCCUCAGUCUGUCCAACAAGCGUUUCGUGGCGAAUGGGAAAGACAUCUUCUGCUCCGACUGUGGCAACAAGUAGAGCUGGAGAGCUUGGUCAUUGUCUAACAGUGGUUUGUAUCGUCAUAAUGUUUUUUUGUUUCUUUAUUUUGACAUAAAGACCAGAGGGAAAAUACCUACGAAGUGACGGAAACAUGUGAUUUGUGUCCACUGUUGAUUGUUUGCUUUUAUGCUGCAUGCUAAGACUCAAACAUACACUGUGCUGAGUGAUGGUAGUGACAAGCUCUGUCCUAAAAGUCCUCAAAAGAUAAAUAGUAUGUAGUUAAAUCUGGUUUCAUGUAGGAGGCUUGUACCACAUAAAAUAUGAUACUAAAACACAUAUAUGUUUUGACCUACUAGGAACAACCUUUCCUGUUUACAUGGGCAGUAAACACGAUCAGCCUCCUACAAUAAAUGAGCAGCAGAUGAAUGCAUUACAUACCUGAAAUACAAAAAAGUAAAUCUAAUGAUGAUGUAUGAGUCUACAAGUCAUUUGAAACAUUUUUAUUUUCAAAAGGUCACGUUUUCUUACAAUUUGUUUUACGAGCUGAUAGUCGUGACAGUUGAUGCUUUCAUUCAACAUGGUGUAGGCUGACAUGUUAGCACAAAGCUAGAUGGGAACCAAGUGUUUUAAAACAUUUCAAUUGUAUUUUUUCAUUGUCUUUUAGCACAAAAAUAACAGUGUAUGUUAAUGGCUUUAACGUCUACUUGUUUUUUUCUAUUUUUGAAAGGUGAUAUUUUCUUAUGACCAAAAAAAAUUAUAAUUUUUUAAAAUAAUCAAAAUGAUAUCUAUAUUUGUAAUUGCUCAUUUCCAAAGGAUUGCUAUUGCUUAUUGUAUGUUUUGAGUAAAUACACUUUUAUGCACUUUUCUUAAACAUUCUCCCUUCAAGGAAAGAGUACAUUUCAAUAUGAAAUUAGAAUAUAUUCAAACUGUACGACUUGAUGUGUUGCUAAAAUGAAAUAAACUUUCUACAAAACUGA